UUAGAUCUAGAGUAAUCAAAAUGUCUGAGGAAAAUGCUGCUACUGAUCCAGAGAAAUCAACCAUGGAUGAAAGGGUUAAUAAGUUGGAAGCUACAAUGCAAACUAUGGCUGCUAUUCUUCAGACCAUCAAUCUCACUUUGUCCACUUUGACUACUGGUUCGGUUCCUUCACCUGCGUCCUUAAUACCCACAAUACCAGUUCCACCUGUCCCUACCAUCACACCAGGUAAUUAUGCUAAGGAUCCCAUGGUCACACAAUUGCAAUUUCCACCUAUUUAUGAGAAUCAUCCUCUAGUGGGGAAGUCAUCUUCACAUGCUCUACAAAUAUCAUCUCUGCCCUUUGAAGCCUCAUACCCACCAUUCGAGAUAAACAACCUUACCUUGCCCACAACCACACCUCUUAUCCUUAACAUACCACCUUUGAUGGGACAAGUGCCAGCCAUUCAACCCAACCCCUCGGUUGAGAUGUUAAGGCCUACUGUAGAAGAUGGGAAGUCAAGAAAGGUUGAUCACAAGCUGCAACAGUUAGAAGAGGCUUUAGAGGCCAUGCAAGGGCCGCAAGCCUAUGGUUCCAUUGAUUUGAAUAAUCUCUACUACUAUCUGGGAAUUCAGACAAAUUUCAAGUUCAAGCAGCCAGAUUUUGACAAGUAUGAUGGUUCAGGUUGUCCUUAUGCCCACCUGCAAAUGACUUCCCGUGCAUGGCUAGCUCCUUAUGUCGGAUAUACUUUUGCUCAGCUAGUGACAGCGAGUGAACAGAUUGAGGAGGGACUAAAGGCAGGGAAGAAGGAAGAUGAGGAAGCUUUGAAUCAUAUUUUCACUAGUCAUGCCAAGCCAAUCUAUAGUAUGGCAAAUGUUCCUUACAAUCAACAGCCUCAAUUACAGCACACUCCGAUCUUCAAGUCUACCACUUACCCUCAAAGGAGGCCAAACUUCGAUGCUCAUGCUUCAUUAGUGGCAGUGGGUUUAACGCAGACAGUGCAAGCAAACCUUGUGCAACCAUCUUAUUCUUACGGGUAUGAUCCACAAGCUAAAUGUGAAUAUCAUAAUGUAACAGGUCAUGGUACCGAAUAUUGUACAGCUCUGAAACAUAAAAUUCAAGAUCUCAUCGAUGAAGGAAAACUCCAACUUGAUGAAACUAAGAGUGCUCCAAGCAUCACUCAAAAUCCUUUACCUCCACAUGGUGAACCCACCAUGAAUAUGAGUACCCUUGAUGAGGUUGAUAGACCCAUAUUGGAGAAUGUUGGUUCAUGGUCUCUUGAUGAAUUAUUUGCCAUUUUAAUAGAGUAUGAUCUUAUUCAGCCAAUUGCAUCAAUGAGCUCGAAUGUUUCGCCAGUGACAAUUGAUGAUGCUUUGGUGUGUCUUUAUCACUCCAAUAUGAAGGGGCAUACUUUGCAAAAUUGUGGAGAUUUUCAAAGAAAAAUUAUAAAGCUACAGAGAAUGGGAUCUUUGAAGUUUAUGUCUACUCCAGAGUUAGAGAAAUUCAUAGCACCAGUGACAAAAGAAUACUUCACUAAAGAGAGGCCUUACAUUUUGCAAGAUACUAAAAGGGCACCAGCCAUCAGUCAAAAUUUCCAACAGCCUUAUGUCUUGCAGACCUCUCUUAGUGAGUCAUUCAUGGGAAAGACAUCAUCUGUGGCCAAUAGCCAUUUCCCUUACUCACUUAAGGUUAUGCCGCAACGCCCCAUCAUCUUGAGCUCUACAACUAAUGAUGUGUCCAACAUGACCCAUAGUGGUCGAUGCUAUGUGAUUCCCCAAGUGGAAGAAUUGAGAAAGGCUGCCUUAAAAUCAAAAGAUAUCAGAAUUGAAGAGAUGCCAGAAGAAUCACCCAAGAAGCUAGUGUUAGAAAAUGAAGUUGUAGAAUUUUUGAAUAUUUUGAGGAAGAGUGAGUAUAGCAUCAUUGAACAGCUCAACAAAACCCCUGCAAAAAUUUUUGUUUUAGAAUUGUUGUUGUCUUCUGAGAUUCAUCUUGCCGCAUUGCUCAAAGUCUUGAAAGAGGCCCAUGUGCCUAAGAACAUUGAUACUCAAAAUGGCUAUUCACAUUUAUGUUCGGUGCAAGAUGUGAAUGUGCCUCAUGUGUUGAUCGACAAUGGGUCAGCUUUGAAUGCGAUUCCUAUGACUGUUUUGAAGCAGUUGAAAGUGGAUGAGUCUCACAUUAAUCAGUGCAAUACAGUGGUUUGUGCUUUUGAUGGAACAAAGAGGAAUGUUGUUGGAAAGAUUGAGCUUCUAGUGGAAAUUGGCCCUGUGACUUUUGAUGUGGAUUUCUUUGUUAUGGACAUUUCUCCUAUUUUUAAUAUGCUUCUUGGGAGGCCUUGGAUACAUGUUGCCAGAGUGGUACCAUCCACCUUGCAUCAGAAAGUCAAAUACAUUGUCAAUGGUGUUCUUGUCAAGUGUGCUGCUACUUCUUAUAUACAUCCAAAGUUAAGAGGAAAACAGGUUAAAAUGGCAAAACCUGCCAGGGUUGCUGCUAAGAUCAUGCUUUCAUGUCAUUACCAAUUAGGAGAGGGUUUAGGAUUGAAUGGACAAGGAAUUCUUGAGCCUAUUAAGGUAAUUCAAGCUUGGGGCACUUUUGGCUUGGGAUACAAGCCAAAGAAGGAAGAUUGGCAGAGAAUGCAUGCUAUUAAAGCAGAGAAGCACCUUGUUAGACUUCAAGGGAUGAACCAAUAUCCAGAGGGUACUAUUUUCACUGAUAGAUUGCUUGAAAUCGGGGAAUGUUCAAAACAAGCAAAGUUUGAGGAAGUAGUUGUGGAAGAUAUCACGGAUGAAGUUUGUUUUGAUGACGAGGAAAACAGUUUUGGUUUCAAUAACCUCAUUGGGCCAGCCAACAUGACAGAUCCUAAGGAGAGGUGGAGAAGGAUGCUCGCUGAAAGGCAUUUAAGGAGAAGCACCCCAACUUCCAUCUUGCCUGCUGAUGAUGAAUCUUUAAACAAUGAUGCCAUAUCAGACUUUAUAUAUGAGAUUGAUGAUCAGACCUAUAGUGAAGAAGACAAUGAAAAUUUUGAUCCUUCUCAUGAACUAACUCAAAUGCUAAGAGAAGAAAAACCAAAGCUACAACCAAAUCAAGAGACUGAGACUAUUAAUUUGGGAACUGAAGAUGAUAGAAAGGAGAUAAAAAUCAAUGCCCAUCUAUCCAUAGAGGAUAGAAAAGAGUUGAUAGAGAUCUUAGCUAAAUUUCAAGAUGUUUUUGCUUGGUCCUAUAAAGACAUGCCGGGACUUGAUCCUGAUAUUGCUGUUCAUUCCAUUCCACUCUAUUCUGAGGCCAAGCCAGUCAAGCAAAAGCUAAGGAGGAUAAAGCUAAAGGUUCUGUUGAAGGUCAAAGAAGAAGUGCAAAAGCUGCUAGAUGUUAAUUUCAUUGAAGUAGCUAUGUAUCUGGGAUGGGUGGCCAAUAUUGUUCCUGUAAUGAAAAAGGAUGGCCGAGUUAGAGUCUGUAUGGAUUAUAGAAACUUGAACAAAGCAAUCCCCAAGGAUGAUUUCCCAUUACCUCACAUCCAAAUUCUGCUGGAUAAUGCUACCAAAAAUGCUCGGUUUUCUUUUGUUGAUAGCUACUCUAGGUACAAUCAGAUAAAAAUGGAGGAAGAUAAGCUCAAGACUACAUUCAUCACUCAAUGGGGUACCUUUUGCUAUAAAGUUAUGCCUUUUGGACUCAAAAAUGCCGGGGCAACAUACCAACGCUCUGUGAUUACUUUACUACAUGACUUUGUGCAUACAAUUGUUGAGCUAUAUGUUGAUGACAUGGUGAUUAUGUCCAAAGAAGAGGUGCUACAUACAAAAAAUCUCAAGAAGGUGUUUAAACGCCUUAGAAAAUACCAAUUGAGACUUAAUCCUGCCAAAUGUACUUUUGAUGUGGAUUCUGGAAAGCUACUUGGCUUCAUUAUCUCUCCAUGGCAUAUGCUGCUUUCCGAAUUUGAUAUGGUUUACACAACACAAAAAGCCAUCAAAGGGCAAGCCAUUGCAGAUCAUUUAACUGAACAUGCGGCAGAGGAUUUUGAGCCUAUUGAUUGGGACUUUCUUGAUGAGGACAUUUUGGUAGUGAAGGUAGAAUUUGAUUUAGAUAAUUGGAAGCUCUUCUUUGAUGGGGCUAUUAACCGGCUUGGUUGUGGCCUUGGAGUCGUGUUGGUAUCCCCAAAGGGUGAUCAUUUUCUUAUUGCUAAAAAGCUUGAUUUUGCUUGUACCAACAACAUAGUCGAAUAUAAAGCUUGUAUUGCAGGAAUAUAUGCUGCUUUGGAUAUGAAUGUCCGAGAUUUGGAGAUAUAUGGUGAUUCAGCACUAAUCAUAUGUCAAACAAAUGGCAAUUGGCAAACCAAGGAUCCAAAACUUAAUCCUUAUCACCAAUACCUUGAAACUCUAGUCAAGAAAUUCAUAUUCAUCUCUUUAAACCAUAUGCCCCGUGCCAAGAACCAAUUCGCGAAUGCUUUGGCAACUUUAGCCUCCAUGAUCCAAAUCUUCAAUAAUGAUGUAAUCAAGCCUUUAAUUAUUGAAAUUUGUCAAGAACCAGCACAUUGCAUGGAAAUCAAGGUUGAUGACAAACCAUGGUUUCAUGAUAUUAAACAAUUCUUGCAAAAUGGGGAAUUCCCUCUACAAGCUUCUGAGGUGAACAAGAAGACAAUCAGAAAAUUGGCAGCUUCAUACUUCUUGAGCGGAAAUACAUUGUAUAAGCGCUCUACUGAUAUGACCUUCAUCAAUGUGAUUCGGGCAAUUAAUCCUAAAGCUUCCAAUGGUCAUCAAGUUAUCUUGGUUACUAUUGAUUAUUUUACAAAAUGGGUAGAAGCAACAUCUUAUGGUAGUGUUACAAAGAAGGAGGUCACUCGCUUCAUCAAGAGAGAGAUCAUCUGCAGGUAUGGGCAACCAGAGGCCAUCGUUACUAAUAAUGCAAGCAAUUUGAACAAUUACAUGAUGACUACGCUAUGCAAGCAAUUCAAGAUCAAGCAUUUGAACUAUUCUCCAUACCAACCAAACAUGAAUGGUGUGGUGGAAGCUGCCAACAAGAAUAUCAAGAAGAUUCUAGCCAAAAUGAUAGUUACUUAUAAAGAUUGGCAUGAAAUAUUGCCAUAUGCUCUCCAUGCUUAUAGAACCUCUGUUCGCACUUCAACUGAGGCAACCCAUUAUUCCUUGGUAUAUGGAAUGGAGGCAGUACUACCAAUUGAGCUAGAAAUUCCUUCCAUGAGAAUUUUAUCUGAGUCAGGGAUUGAUGAAGAAGACUUGAUUCAGAAAAGGAUAGAUUACCUCAACUUGCUUGACGAGAAGAGAUUGGCAGCUCUUUGUCAUGGUCAAUGCUAUCAGCGACGAAUGGUAGCAGCUUACAACAAGAAAGUCAAACCUAGACACCUUCUCCUUCCUCCUCACCUCGACCUUCUCCCUUUUCUUCCCGAACUACCGCCCCUGCUCCUACGCCCGGCCUUGCUCAGCACCCUCCCGAACCAGCGCCCCUGCUCUGCGUCCCUGCCUCCUACACGCUGCAUUAGAUCCCCUCACCUCUACGCCCAGAUCCCGAGCCUUGCUCUGCAGCAGAUCCCCUCACCUUCUGCGCCCAGAUCCCCUCACGUCUGCGCCACCCACUGCCGGCAAUCAUGUCCCUUUGCACGCCAGCAUCAUCGACAAUCAUACACCCUCUGCACCGAGCCUGUACCCUUCUCCUCUGCGCCCCACUACCGGCAAUCAUGCCCUCUGCAGAUCGUGCCCUAUCCCUCCUGCACCGAGCCUAUGUCCCUGCUGUUGCACCGAGCCUGCCUUCCUGCACUCUGCGCCCCAAUCCCUCGCCUCUGCACUCCUGCUCACUACAGCCAUGCCCCUGCCUCACCUACAGAAAAAAACAGCAAUACCAGACAAAAUUGGCAUCAUUAGUGAUUGACAGAGCAAGACUUUUCUUUAUUUAUUUCAUUUUUUUUAUUUUUGUUAUUUGGGUAUAUAUAAAGCAAAAAGCAAAGUAAAGAGGAGGAUUUUCUAGUUGAUUUUGGGUUCUUUUUUUGGAAGGAGUGACGAUAGAGAAAAGGGGAUUUUUUCUGCUAGAGGGAGCCUGUUUUGUGAGAGGAGAUUGUCAAGGUUGCAAGAGGGAUUCCAUUUUCUAGAGUGGCUAUCUUUAGGUAUACCUCUGAAUAGAGAAUUUUUGUUAGGAAAAUGGUGAAAGAGAUGGUGGAAGCUUGAUCCCGGGGGUGGGAUCCCUUCCAUCAGAUCCAGAUCCGUUUUUCUUUCAAAAAUUCGUCGUGUUUGUUUUCCUGUGGGUGUUUAUUUUUUUUUUAUCUGAUGUUAAGAUUGAAUGUGUUUCUUGAAAAAUGAAUGAAAAGCCAAAAGAAAUUGUCUGGUUCGUC